AUGCGCUUCGCAAUCACCGCCGCCUCGCUAAGCCUCAUCUCUUCGGCUUUGGCCAUCACCAUCACCCAGCCCACCUCAGGCACCGAGUGGGAUUUCUCCACUCCAAAGACUAUCAAGUUCACCAGCGAUGCGAAUGAUCCGUCAGUGAUCAGCAUCAUCUUGCGCACUCAGGAUGGAUCCUUCCAGACCAAGCUGGCGGACAACGUAAAGACUUCCACGGGGGAAUACACUACCCAGCCCAACCCUAGCAUUUCCAACGGGUCUGACUAUGAAAUCGAGAUCAUCGACUCUUCGGGCGAGCUCGCCGUGAGCCCGACUUUUACCGUCGAAAAGGGUGCUUCGACCGAUGGUACUACUUCCUCCUCAUCAGCUUCUUCCACAUCCACUACAUCUUCUUCCUCUUCCUCUUCUUCUUCCUCCACCACCACUUCCUCCUCUUCGACAUCCAGUGAGACCGAAUCCACCACAGUCACCUCUACGACUGCGGUGUCUUCGACAUCUACCUUGUUGAGCAGUCCUCUGUCUUCAUCUUCAGGCAAGAUGAUCGGCCACCUCUACCUCCACGUCUUCGUCGUCUUCUACGGGCACUACGCUCGCCACAUCCGCGUCUUCUACCUCGAGCUCAAACAGCACUGCCACCACAUCCACCGCUCAGCUAUCCACCGGCGCGGCUUCGUCUACAUUUAA